AUGGCCCACAAAGGCUCAGCGCACACUUUAGAGGACACAUUUGCACUCCUCGACGCAAUAGAAAUGGACUUGGAGUAUAUCAAGGGUCGAAAUCCACGCCUGCUGCUCGAAAUUGGAUCUGGUUCUGGCUGUGUCGCAACAUUUGCUGCAUCUGCGUUGGGAUCAAGUAGCUUAUUGUAUUGCUGCACGGAUAUUAACCAAUUGGCUACAUCCACCACCAAGAAGACGGGGAAUCAGAACAAGGUCCUUCUUGAUCCUAUUCAAACCUCGCUCGCCUCAGGUCUCAAUCAAAGAUGCUACCGGGCAAUCGACGUACUUUUAUUUAAUCCACCAUACGUCCCAACAGAAGAAGAGGAAGUAGAACAUGGACAAGAUACGCCAAAUAUCCAGAGCUCGUGGGCAGGAGGCUCUAUGGGUAUGCACAUCACCGACAUAUUGCUUGAUCAACUGGACUCUCUUCUCUCACCCAAAGGAUGCUGCUACCUCGUAACGGUUGCACAGAAUAGACCAAAGGAAAUUAUGGAGCGGGUUCGAGCUAAGCACGGACUCGAAUCAUCUGUCAUCUUAUCUCGUCGAGCCGGGGGAGAGCAUUUGCACAUCCUCCGCUUCAGCCGUCCAGAAUAG